AUGAUUGAUCAUCGCCAUAUCCACAUUCUUUUUGACUUGGAAGAGGCCUACCAUCGAUGUUGGAUCAAAGGGCUCUGGACGUUUGAUUAUCAUGUUAUGCGGGUUCUUAAGUGGACUCCGCAAUUUCAUCCGGAGCAUGAAUCGCCUACUGUCUUGGUGUGGAUUGCUUUUGAAGGGCUGCCAAUCCAUCGUUUCAAUGAGGAUUAUCUCAGUCGUUUGGCGAGCAUUGUUGGAUCUCGGCUAAAAAUUGACAUCCCGACUAUGAACUUAUCAAGGCCGUCAAUCGCUAGGGUUUGCGUCGAAGCUAAUCUGCUACAAGAUCUCCCAAAAAGAGUUCUACUCGGCACGGAGGAAUACUCGUACUACCAGGAAAUUACCUAUGAAAACUUGCCAGAAUAUUGUUCCGAAUGCAAGAAAGUCGGUCAUGGCAUAAAAGUUUGUCGUCGCGGCAAGCUAAAGGUCACGACUAAGGAUCUGAAAACAGCACCGUCAAAGAAUGCUGGUGAGAAAUUGAAAACCCCAGUCACUAGAACCCAAGGAAACUGGAAACAAAAGCAACAAGUGGAUCAACCAAAUACGGAUACUCAAAUGACAGAUUCAAAAGCAUCGUCAUCUGGUCUUUCGCAUACCUUUGAUACCCCAUUUGACGUAAUGGAUAGAAGUCCACUUAAUCCGUCGUCGGGAAAGAGAAAAAUAACGAAAGAAAAACUGGCCACAAUUCUGGAGAAUAGCAAAGAAGGGGAAAAGUCGGAUAUCUCAUGGGAUGUGCAUGAUCAAAAUCCAAAAUUGCAACCUGCGGAAAAUGGAUGUAAACAGCUCGCUGUUUACAUUCUGCAGGUUAACCUCUCAUCGCGUUUUGCAGUGCUGGAUGAUCUAUCAGAGGAACAUGUAUUUGAAAAGACUAAUAACAAUGAAGAUGAGAAGGAAGAGCAACUGGAAGGGUUUGUUGAGUCGGCGAUUGAUUCAGACUCUGAUGCGGAAGGAUUUGAUUUGGAUACUAUAACUAGUUUGGAGAAUCCAGAAAGGGUAAUUAAUGAUGGAACGCAAGAUGAUGCUUCGAUUGGACUUAGCAGCAAGGAAACAGAAUUUGAAAAUAAUGGAAUCGUGGUAUCUGAUGGAGAGGAUCAUAAAAAAGCAAAGGUUGGCCGGCCCCGGGGAUCGACUAAAAAGUCACAAUUGCAUCUCUCAAAAACUCGCAAGUCUGCGAGACUUCAUGGUGUUACUCCUCCGCAAGUUUCCGAUGAAUAA